UCUGUCCUGGACAGAGAGACAGAGACAUGUUAUUUACCAGGUUCUGUCCUGGACAGAGAGACAGAGACGUGUUAUUUACCAGGUUCUGUCCUGGACAGAGAGACAGAGACGUGUUAUUUCCCAGGUUCUGUCCUGGACAGAGAGACAGAGACGUGUUAUUUCCCAGGUUCUGUCCUGGACAGAGAGACAGAGACAUGUUAUUUCCCAGGUUCUGUCCUGGACAGAGAGACAGAGACAUGUUAUUUCCCAGGUUCUGUCCUGGACAGAGAGACAGAGACGUGUUAUUUCCCAGGUUCUGUCCUGGACAGAGAGACAGAGACGUGUUAUUUCCCAGGUUCUGUCCUGGACAGAGAGACAGAGACGUGUUAUUUCCCAGGUUCUGUCCUGGACAGAGAGACAGAGACAUGUUAUUUCCCAGGUUCUGUCCUGGACAGAGAGACAGAGACAUGUUAUUUCCCAGGUUCUGUCCUGGACAGAGACAUGUUAUUUACCAGGUUCUGUCCUGGACAGAGAGAUGUUAUUUACCAGGUUCUGUCCUGGACAGAGAGACAGACCUGUUAUUUCCCAGGUUCUGUCCUGGACAGAGAGACAGAGACAUGUUAUUUACCAGGUUCUGUCCUGGACAGAGAGACAGAGACAUGUUAUUUCCCAGGUUCUGUCCUGGACAGAGAGACAGAGACGUGUUAUUUCCCAGGUUCUGUCCUGGACAGAGAGACAGAGACGUGUUAUUUCCCAGGUUCUGUCCUGGACAGAGAGACAGAGACAUGUUAUUUACCAGGUUCUGUCCUGGACAGAGAGACAGAGACGUGUUAUUUCCCAGGUUCUGUCCUGGACAGAGAGACAGAGACGUGUUAUUUCCCAGGUUCUGUCCUGGACAGAGAGACAGAUACAUGUUAUUUCCCAGGUUCUGUCCUGGACAGAGAGACAGAGACAUGUUAUUUACCAGGUUCUGUCCUGGACAGAGAGACAGAGACAUGUUAUUUACCAGGUUCUGUCCUGGACAGAGAGACAGACCUGUUAUUUCCCAGGUUCUGUCCUGGACAGAGAGACAGAGACAUGUUAUUUACCAGGUUCUGUCCUGGACAGAGAGACAGAGACAUGUUAUUUCCCAGGUUCUGUCCUGGACAGAGAGACAGAGACAUGUUAUUUACCAGAUCCGUUGAGGGAUGGAGGGGGACACUUCUUUUUCCUACUAGCCCCAACUUUGCUGAUAAGUACUUUUUUUUACUAUGACUGUGAUAUGUGGUUGUCUCACCUACCCAUUUUAAGAUGAACGCACUAACUAAGUGCCUCUGGAUAAGAGCAUCUGCUAAAUGACUAAAAUGUUGAUUGAGAAUACACAGCAUUCUUAUAGUCUACAGCAACACUCUGAUCUGGGAAGAACCUCCACCAUUUCUUCGUUCCCCCACCCUCUUUCCUUCCCCUCUCUUCUUUCCUCCACUACUCUCCUCUUUCAAUUAAUUGUUAUGGG